AUGUCUGAUGAAGAACUCGAUACUGAGUGCCAGCAAGGUGACAAAAAUUGGAACCUGGAGCAUGAGAACAAUGUUCCAAAUGGGCAGAAUGGCCCAGGCUAUCGAGAAUUUGAAAGAUACCAGCUAGAGAUAUUAUCUUUUUCAGAGGUGCGAUGGACUGGCAGUGGCAAGAUCAGCAGUGGUGAAACAACCUCACUGUACUCAGGACCAGAAGAUGCGCACCAGAGAAAAGUUGGACUGGUGCUUAGUAAAGAAGCAGCAAGAGCAUUGAUUGGGUGGAAUCCAGUCAAGGAGAGAAUAAUAACAGCAAGGCUGCAGUCAAGACAUGCAAAAACAACCAUCGUGUCAGUAUAUACACCAACAGAAGAUGCAAAUGAUGAAGAAAAAGACACCUUCUAUCAGCAGUGUCAAGAUGUGCUCAACAACAUCCCAAGCCAUGACAUUGUACUAUUUGCUGGUGAUAUGAAUGCACAGAUUGGCAACAACAGGGCAGGAUUAGAACAUGUCAUUGGGCCAUAUGGUUCAGCAACAGAAACCAAUGACAAUGGAGAGUGUCUUCUGCUAUUCUGUAAUAUCAAUGGAUUGUGCAUUGGCAACACCUACUUUGCACAUAAAAAAAUCCAUAAGAAGACCUGGAGAUCACCAGAUGACAAGAUAGAGAAUAAAAUUGACUACAUCUGCAAGGCACUGACUGAUGUCAGAGUGUGCAGAGGUGCAGACAUUGGCUCUGAUCAUCAUUUAGUUCAAGGAAAAGUUCAACUGAAGCUAAAAAAGAUGCAAAAGCCCAAAACUAUCAGACCUUUUGCAGUGGAAAAGUUGAAAGGUCAACAGAAAUCACAACAGUUCAGGCUUGCACCUGAAAACAAGUUUGAACCACUGCUGCAAGCAAGUGAUAUUGAAGAACAAUUGGCAAUAUUCAGGGAGGCAGUAACAAAAGUUUCAGAAGAUCGGCUGGGCAGAAGAAGAGGGAAAAGAAAAGAAAUUUGGAUACAGGAAAGAACCUGGGACCUGAUAAAUGAGAGAAGAAAGAUAAAGCAGGCAAGAGUGCAAGCAAAAACACGGGAUGCUAAUACAAAACUCAGUGAGCAAUACCAGUUGGCAGAUAGAGCAGUGAAGAGAAGCUGCAGAAAGGACAAGAAUGCAUGGUUUGAGCAGAAGAGUGAGGAAUCACAGGUAGUAGCCAAUCAAAAUGACACCAGGACCCUCUACAAAAUUGUCAAAUAUUUGACUGAAGCUGGAGGGCCAUCGGCAGUACCAGUAAAAGAGAAAAGCGGCACUGUAAUCACAACAACAGAGCAACAAAGAUCACGGUGGGUGGAGAGUUUCCAGACAGUACUAAACCAGCCAAAUCCAACAACACUCUUCAAUUUUGAUAAUGAAACUGGACAGCAACAGCUGGAUGUAAGAAUGGAUAACAUCAGUGAAGAUAAAGUUGAAAGAGCUAUCAAGAAACUGAAGAACAACAAAGCAGCAGGUGCAGACAAUAUAACAGCUGAACUCCUGAAGCAUAGAAAUCACUGCACUGUGAAGGCAAUGACAAGGCUUCUGAAUUGUUGCUGGCAACAACAAGUUCCUGAAGACUGGAGGAAUGGAGUUAUUGUGAAAUUGCUUAAAAAGGGGAAUUUGGCAGACUGUAAUAAUUGGAGAGGUGUAACGCUGCUUUCAGUACCUGGGAAAGUACUGAGUAUUGUGCUGCUGGAAAGGCUGAGAGAUGCUGCUGAUGCAAGACUACGAGAGCAACAAGCUGGCUUUAGAAAAGAAAGAUCAUGCUGUGAACAGAUUUUCACCAUCAGAAACAUCAUUGAACAGUGUGUAGAAUUUCAAAGACCACUUCAAAUCAACUUUAUUGACUUCAAGAAAGCAUUCGAUUCUGUACACAAAGAAUCGCUGUGGAAAAUUGCCUCACUGUAUGGCAUUCCGCAGAAAUUCAUAGCAAUCAUUCAGAACAUUUACAAGAACAGCAGUUGCUGCAUAAAAAUGCAAGAGGGAAAUACAGAACAUUUACUCAUCACCCCACUGUCUUGCUGCUUUUCUCAAGUUGAGGCCAUACCAAUGGAGGAUAUAUCCAGGAUUCCACAACCUAAUGGAAUUAAAGUUUUCAUUCAGCGAGACUAUACAGAUGGUACCCCAGUCAGAUUCCAGACAAAAUUUCCUGCUGAAUUGGAAGGAAGGAUUGAAAGAUCAACAUUUGCAGAAACAAUAAACACCAUCAAUGAAAUGUACAAAGAAGCUGAAAGCUUGGGUGGUAGUACCUAUUGUGAAAGCUGUUUUGCUUGCCUCACUGCAUAUCUUUCCUAUUUGUGUGUGGACACUCACUAUGAAAAGGUAUUAUUAAUUGUUGUGAUCAGUGUUAUUUUCAUUCAGACAUCAUUUUGUUUUGAUAUGCAGAAAAAAGUCUGAUACACAAAGGUCACUUCUGUUUAUUUAUAUUUUUUUUAGUUUAAAGCUCAACUGGAUUUUUUGCAUUAAAAGUUUCACCUAUAUUUUCUCUUCAUAUGUUUACCUGCAUUUUUACGCAUGUAUUCAUCUACAGAUCUUUUAUAUGCUCUUUUUUAUAUUUUUAUUGCUGUUAGUAUCAGUUCAGUCUCGUUGAACAAUCUUAUAUUGAAAUACAUUCCAGUUGUGAUUAAUCAAUCCUAUUUUCAGGUUGGUGCAUUUAAGAUUCCAAUAUGCAAUGUCUUCUUUCUUUAUUAAGACAGUAAUGAGUGAUUUGAGGGAGAUUUAGCUGCUAUUUUUCUAACAUGUCAAGUAAUUCAACAGAGAAUUUCCUCAUUGGCUGUUUAUUGUGGUUUGCUCUGGUGAAGCAAAUUCAUGAUACAGUGAUGACCACUCUUCUAAUUAAGGAAUGACUCUUGAAGCAGUUUGGUUAAACUCUAUGGUACUCACAAAAUUUGUUUCACCAAAAAAUGGAUUUAUUAAUCAGUUAUGACACAAUUUGGCUUUGAAAUCUAGACUUACUACAUACUGAUUGUUAAGAAUAGUACCUCAAGAAGAGAGAGCUAAAACCAGUACAAGAAUACUCUCAAAAUUGCUUUGAAACAUAAAAGACCCCUGUUUAUUGCUCAAAUCAUAAAGUGCUGAUUUAAUUCCAAUUGCAUAUUCUUCUUGCACAGUUCUGUUGGGCUAUGACUGUUUGUCAGAGUUUGAUACCUUUCAGGAUUUUAAUCAACUUUGGUUCAACUAAAAGGGUGUUUAGUUGUUAAAAUAAUAAUAAUAAAUCUAUCAUAAAGAGGUGGCUGUAUUAGACAGAAUUAACGUUAAGAAUUCGGUCAACAGAAUGUUUAAAAAUCACAUGGUAGUUAUAAAUAAUUUUUAUUAUUACUUAAACUUAUUUCUCAAUUUCUCAUCUACAUCAUUUGAAGUAUGCUUUGUUUUUACAUUUUUAUCAUUUAUGUUAAUUAUAUUCAAUUUCAAAUGAAUUGCUUUCAACACUUGCAUUGUAAAGUUACAGACCAGACCCUAUACAUAAUAGAACUAUGUCCAAAGAUUUCUUUCAUCAUGUUAGAUAAUAAUGAAUAAGUAUCAGUUUUAUACUGGUCUAAAAUAACUGAAAUUGAAUAAAGAUAAAAGCCGUGGGUUGUCCCCCUACUGUAACUGAUCUUUUAUUAUUAUGUGCUAGACUAUGUUUUCCAGCAUAUAGUUUGUGUUGCCCUCAACAUUCUUUCUCCUAUAUAUCAAUGGCCUACAUGUCAUCAACAAUUCCCACUCUUGUGCUGAUUAUGCCACCUCUCAUUCAUCCUUAACUUUUCUCCACCUAAACGUUAUCCACAUUGUAACACAAUAUAUCUCAUGUCAACCCUUUUAAUGAGGUUAUGCAAAUCUUGUUUCCUUCAACAUCAAAAAAUACAAGUAAUGUAGUUAUCAAGGACAUAUCAUUACAUCUUGCCUCGAACCUGUGAAGCUUGCAAUUGCUCCAAAUAUCAUUGAUGACCUCUCGUGGUGAAUGUACAUCCUUAAUUCUUAAAGUCCUCUGUUGCAAGUAAUUGUAAUUAUUAUUGAGUCCUAAAAAUUGUUGUUUGGGGCCCAAAACAGGGACUAAGCACUCUUCCGUCAUCAUCAUUUAAUGUCCAUUGUCCAUACUGACAUGGGUUGGAUGUUUUGACCAGGGCUGGUAAACUGAGGGGCUACACCAGACUUCAGUCUGAUUUGGCAUGGUUUCUACAGCUUGAUGCCCUUUCUAAUGCCAACCACUCCAAGAGUGUAAUGGGUGCUUUUACAUGCCACUGGCACGGAUGCUAGUUGUAUGACACCAGUAUCUGCGACAACUAUGAUUUCUCUUGGCUUGAUAGGUCUUCUCAAGCAUAGCAUGUUGCCAAAGGUACUUUUUACAUACAACCAGCAUGGGUGCUAGUUAUCUGUCACCGACAUCGACCACAUUGCCUCUGUAAGGCCCAACACUUGAAAGGUGCUUUUUACAUGACACCAGCAUGGAUGCAAGUUACGUGACACUGGUAUUGGCCAUGACUAUGAUUUCACUUGGUUUGACAGGUCUUAAGCACAGCAUAUUGCCAAAAGUCUUGGUCACUAGUCAUUGCCUCCAUGUCUUCCUAGGUCUAUCUCUUCCACAGGUUCCCUCCACAGUUACAGAUCAGCACUUCUUUAAACAGCUGUCCUCUUCCACAUGCAUCACAUGACCAUAUCAUCGCAGUUGUCUCUCUUGCACAUAACAUCUGAUGCCUCUUGUGCCCAAUUCUUUUCUCUCAAGAUGCUUACAGUCUGUCAUACAUGCACACUGACAUUGCACAUCCAGUGAAGCAUGCUGACUUCAUUUCUUUCAAGCCUACACUUGUCCUCAGUGGUCACAGCCCAUGCUUUACUGUUGUGCAGCAUAGCUGUUUGCACACAGGCAUCAUACAGUCUGCUUUCCAUUCUGAGGAGGGAGAGAUCCUUUGUUGCUAACAAAGGUAGGAGCUCUCUGAACUUUGCCCAGCCUAUUCUUAUAUAAAGUUUAGCCUUACUUAAGAAAACACUUCUUGUCAAUCAACAUCCUGUUUUCAUUAUAUACAUUUAUUUUUUUUCCAUUUUAUCAAAUAAAAUUCUUCAGACAUUUAA